UUUUUUUUUCUCCUCCUCCUCAUGUUUUACACACACAGCUGAGAGAAAAGGGAGCCAGUCAGAGAAAAAAAACGACCACUGGACAGGCAGCAGCACUGGCAACCGCCGUCUCUUUGUUCUAUACUGGCUUUGACAACAAAAAAAAGUGAUAUUUAAAUAUUUUGUUCCUCCAUGCCAUCGCGAAAAUUUAUAGAGAUGGACUCACACGGGACAGAGUACACAGACCACUGUGGGUCCCACGCAAAGAGAAGGAGGCAUGACAGCGAGCAGUCAGUCUCCAGCGGAACCAGCAGCUGUUCCUCCGCUCUGGAGUACACAGACCUGGAGGCGGCUGAAGCGCUGGUGUGUAUGAGCUCCUGGGGCCAGGGCCACUUCCUUGCAGGCAACAGACCGAGCCCUUGCAAGCCCAGACCCCUCACCCCGGCUUCGGACUCUUGUGACUCCCUCCUGCCGCCAGAACUCCCAGAACCCCCAAAAGACUUUGUAUCCCUCUCCUCCUUGUGUAUGACUCCGCCUCACAGCCCCAGCUUUGUUGAGACUUCAACAUCCAGCUCAGCGCUCCAGUCAACCUCCGGCCCGUCUGUGUCCACGCAACGCUGUGGGCUCCAUCAUCCUGGGCUGGCACCCAUUGCUGAAAAGACCCCCUCCCUCCCCCCUCCGUCACAGCCCUGCAGAGCCAUGGCGACGAGCGUCAUCCGCCACACCGCAGACAACACCCCCUGCCAACACCACAUUCCAUUGGCCCCCAAUCCACAGAAAAAUAGAGACACGGUAAUGGCUGCAACAGUCUGCCAGCAGCAACAGCAGCAGCAGCAGCAGCAGCAGCAGCAGCAGCAGCAGCAGCAACAACGUAUUACAAAGACUGAGCUCAUAACCACACCUCCAUCUCCUCUUGCUCCUCUUACACCCACAUUGUCCACAUCAAAAACAGAGCAGCAGGUCAGUCCCUCAAAACCUUGUUUGGACAAUGUCCCCAUGCCUGCUCCUGUCAACACCCAACUUCAACACAGCCCACCCACUCCCCCUGCUCCCGCUACCCUAUCCCCACCUCCAGUCACCAGCCCCCAAAUCAUCUGCCAGAUGUUCCCUGUCAGCAGCCAAUCAGGUAUAAUCUCAGCCUUCAUCCCCAGUGCGGUUCAGGCUUCCAGUCCUGGAAUUCGGACCACCACCACUCCCAUCCUCCCCCAGCCCGCCUCAGCCAACACCGCCUCUGUCCAGCAGUCCCUGAUUGUGGGCUCAGCGGUGCCCCAGGGUACGGUGAUGCUGGUUCUCCCUCAGUCCUCCGUCUCUCAGGCCCCUCACUGCCCUCAGACUGUCAUGACCCUGGGCAACACCAAGCUGCUACCUCUGGCUCCUGCCCCCGUGUACGUGCCAGCGGGGCCCAGCGGCAGCACCACAGCCACAAAGAUGGACUUUUCCCGCAGGAGAAACUAUGUCUGCAACUUCCCAGGCUGCAGGAAGACAUACUUCAAGAGCUCACACCUCAAGGCUCAUCUUCGGACACACACAGGUGAGAAGCCCUUCAGUUGUAGCUGGGAAGGUUGUGAUAAGCGGUUCGCCCGCUCCGACGAGCUCUCCCGUCACCGACGAACACACACCGGUGAGAAGAAAUUUGUGUGCCCCGUGUGUGACCGGCGCUUCAUGCGCAGCGACCACCUCACCAAGCAUGCACGGCGCCACAUGACCACAAAGAAAAUUCCCUCCUGGCAGGCUGAUGUUCGGAGCCUGAACAAAAUGGCUGCUGGCAAAACACCUCCUUCAAAACCUGGCCUUGCCACAAUAAGCAUGCUGGUACCUGCAGGCUCUAAGUAGACAAUAAACACUGCCAUCCUACCCACUCCCAAGAUACCACAGGGACGCUGGGAGCAGCCCAGCACGCAAGGCUGCUGCUAUUUUACUCACGGGAAUUAAAGAAAAACAUGCACUGGACUCUAUUUUCCUCUCUACUGCUCAUGUGUACAUUUUUUUGUUUACUUUUACAUAAUUGAUAAUAUGUAUGCACUCUUGCCAAAGCCUUUGUAUGAAGUUUGUCUUAUACAUUUCAUCUUCUCCACCCUUCCUUCAUCUUUAUUUGUCUUUGUUGUGUUAAUACUGAUAUAUAUGUCUAAGUGAAUGUAUUGUUUGUUGUACUAUGAGAUGCAUUUAUUUGUCAUAUUUGGGAAAAUGUUAACAUGAAAAACUAUGUAAAUAUGAAUAUUAAUCCUCAAUACUAUGAUUAUACCUUGAUUAUAUCUCCCUGUCUAACUUUUCAUAUUAUUUAAUACAAAUUUGUAAUUAAAAUUAAGAUUAAAUGA